AAAUAGCAAAUAUGAAGCACAAAUUACUAUAUCCGAAUUAUAAAUAUACACCAAUUAGAGAUAAAAACAAAAAAAGUAGAAAAUCAAAUAAUACUUAUAAACAGCAUCCUUCAUUGGUGGCUAAUGAUAUUGUCAAGUCCACAAAAAUUGAAUCCAAUAAAAAAUUUGAACCAUUACAGAUACAAGAAACAAACAAUAUCCAAGCUUCAACAGAUAAUAACAACUGUCAAAAUAAUUCAACAUCACCCAAUUUAUCUAUCGAACCCAUUUCAGAAAGCUACCUUCUAUCCAGUUUUUUACCUAAUUACUUAUCACAUGAAUAUAGACAAAAUAUUUUGGCUCCAAGUAUGAUGCCUGUUCAAUUCACCAACAAUCUCAAUCCUUACUACCUUCAAUGUUAUCAACCUCAAGGUUACUUCAUAUUCAAUAGUUUAAUUGACCCUGUAUUAAUUAAUGAAAAUGGAUUUAAUACUAGUUUUAGUAAUUUUAGAAACUAG